AUGUCUUCCAACGUUGGCCUCAGCACGCCGCGAGGCUCAGGCACGUCAGGCUACGUGCAGCGCAACUCUGCCAAUCUCCGACCACGCGACGACGUCAAACCCUACCCCACCGAAGUCGACUCGAUUAAGCACCGACAACGACAGCCCGACAAGGAGAUCCUUGAGCAUGAGAAGAAGCGAGAGAUCGAGGUAAAGGUCUUCGAACUGAGGGACAAGCUGGAAGAGGAAGGCGUCGACGAGGACGAGAUCGACGACCAGUGCGAUGCCCUGCGGAAGAAGCUGGAGAAGGAGCAGAAUGGGAAAGGACCGAACGCCAAAGGCCUCAAGUCACAUCAGGUCCAUGAGCUUGCGCGCGCAAAGAUCGACGAGAGCGAGAGGCUCCGAAAGGCGCUCGGCAUAGGGAAGGACUAUGAGGAGGGAAGUCACUGGCGCAAGCAAGAGGAGAGGAAGCUUGAGAUGGAGCGUGAACGCGCAAAGGGCGAGAUUGGCCGCGAUCGAGACUAA